AUGUUUAAACACUGCAGCUGUAGACUGUUAGUGAGGUCUGUACUGAGGAUGGCGUCUCCCGAGGUGGUCCAGCGUCUGGAGCAGAGGGCCAGGCAGGCUGAUGAAGCCAUCAACAUCCUGAAGACACAGAUACAGAUGCUGAAGCAGCAUGCUGUCACUGCAGAGGAGCAGCGAUUGAAGAAGGAGAAUGACCAGCUGCGUCAGCAGGUCGAUGAACUCAAGGCCAAGCUCACUCUGGCUGAGAUCCAAAAUGGAGUGCAACAGGUGUACCUACCUGUAAGGACAGCUGCCACCGGGACACCUGCUGCACCGGCAGCUGAACCAGCACCGAAACCUGCAGAGGCCAAACCUGAACAGAAGCAGGCGCAGAAAGGAGGGAAGACUGACAAGGCUGCAGGGAAAGGGGAAAAGAAGGAAAAGAAAGGUGGUGAGAAGAAGAAGGGAGGACCCCCUCAGGAAGACAAGCCUGUUGACGUGUCCCGGCUGGACAUGAGGAUCGGCCGGAUCCUGUCUGUGAAGAAGCACCCUGAUGCAGACACCCUGUAUGUGGAGGAGAUCGAUGUGGGGGAGGCGGCACCCAGGACUGUGGUCAGUGGGCUGGUCAAGCAUGUCCCCAUGGAGGAGAUGCAAGAUCGUAUAGUGAUCGCCAUGUGUAACCUGAAGCCUGCCAAGAUGCGAGGCAUCACGUCCCAGGCCAUGGUCAUGUGCGCCAGCUCUCCGGAGAAGGUGGAGCUCCUGGACCCUCCAGCAGGCAGCCAGCCGGGAGACCGCAUCACGUUUGAAGGAUACCCAGGGGAGCCUGACCCAGUCCUACAACCCAAGAAGAAGGUGUGGGAGACAGUACAACCUGACCUGCAGGUCACCUCCGACAAGGUCGCCACUUACAAGGGGGUGCCCUUCACUGUAGCUGGGAAGGGCGUCUGUACCUCAAAAACUAUGACCAAUUCUGGCAUCAAAUAAGAUUAAUAUUAAUAAGACUAUUUGAUAAUCCACAUCCUUCUAUGGAAAACACAAUGAAACUGUUAAGAAAGGUUGAACUCUACACUAUUUUUCUCUGCACAGAUGUUUAAGAGCAGACUCUGGAUGACACUGGAAAAGGUUUUGAUGACUGCAUGGUCAUAUCAUUCUGCUGUCUGUGUCAGAGAUACACCUCAGAACAUCCUGAUGUAAACCUCUGUAGGUUUCGUCUUCCCAGUCAGUGUUACAUGACUGAUGUUUUACAAUUGAUCUAUCAGGUUCAUUAUCAAAGAAAAAAUAACAAGUUUGCAUUAUAAUUGUUCAUUCAUCAUUAAAGAAAAGAAUGAA